GUGCACUCUGGCGAAGUGUUAUCAAAUGUUUCAAAAUGACAAUUGUUAAGAUAGAAAACACCUUUUCAUAAAAUUAAUCAUGAAUAAUGGGAAAUGAAAAAGCUCAAUUUCUGGUCCCGUAAGUUUAUGAAACAGGUAUUGCCAUAAAAUUAGUACUCUUGUACAAAGAAAGAACAUGGAUGAAAGUGCUAAAGGUACUCGUAAGCGUUUCGAGAUGUCUGGCAUUCGCUACUUGUUCACUCUGCUCAGCUUCUUGGGCUUCGCCAUCCUCUACAUCAUCAGGGUCAACUUGAACGUGGCUAUCGUAGCCAUGGUCAACAGGACUGCUGUCUACAAAGAUCACAAUGACUCCAAGUCUGAGGAAUGUCCGGAGGAUCUGCCACCAUUGCUUCGAAACCAUACUAAGUCGGACAAUGAAGAAAAUGGCGAAUUCAUCUGGUCUCCAGAGAUGCAGUCAGUGGUGCUUGGAGCUUUUUACUACGGGUAUGCCAUAUCCCAGAUUCCAGGCGGGCGCCUAGCAGAAAUUUUCAGCGCCAAAUGGGUAUUUGGCAUUGGCGCACUCAUCCCGUCUUUACUCACAUUACUGACGCCAGUUUCAGCCAGAUAUCACGUAGGAGUGUUGAUAGCUAUUCGAGCCUUGGAAGGACUUACACAGGGCGUGACGAUGCCUGCAAUGUACUCCCUGAUGGGCCGCUGGCUCCCUGACUCAGAGAAAGGGCUCCUUUCGACGAUAGUACACGUUGGAUUUGGCAUGGGCACGGUUGCAGGCAUGAAUCUCUCUGCUUACCUCUGCGACAAAGGGCCCUUCGGGGGAUGGCCUUCUGUCUUCUAUAUAAUUGGGAAAGGCUGA